AUGGAACAUAUGUGCCAGCUGGUGGAACUUAUAUACCACCAAACCCUCCAAGAGAAGCACCUGCACCAGGACUACCUAAAACAUUUACAUCGUCACAUGGACACAGACACAGGCAUGCACCACAACAACAACCAACACAACAACCAACAGUUCAAAAUCCAGCACCACAACAACAACCAAAACCAGCACAGCAACCAACAGUUCAAAACCCUGCACAGCAACCACAAACAGAGCAAAGACACAAAAGAAGUAGAGAAAAAGGAAACCAAGAAUUCUUAA